ACCGGGCUGCUCUGUCUGAUUUGCAAAUAAACCCACGUGACAUCAAUUUUACCGGUGUCACGUGACUUUCAUGCUUCAGGGUUCUUCUUGCUGUAGUUAAAGAUGCUGGCCUGUCUGCUAAUGUCACCAGUCAGACAAAGACGAUAAACGAAGGACACAACAAGGUUGGAUAAGGCCGCCAAGGACCCUGUCUGUCUCUGAGUGGCACCACUUACACCUGUGGACAGAAUGGAGAGCGACGCUGAAUCCAGAAAGCUGAACGGCCAGCCUGAGGGUCCUGCAGCCCUUUCAAAACCCAAAGAGAGCAUGCAGCUCAAAAAGGAAAUCUCUCUCCUGAACGGCGUCAGCCUCAUCGUGGGGAACAUGAUUGGCUCGGGCAUAUUUGUAUCGCCAAAGGGCGUUCUGAUCUAUAGCGCCUCCUACGGACUGUCUCUAGUUAUCUGGGCCAUCGGUGGCAUCUUUUCAGUAGUGGGUGCUCUCUGUUACGCCGAGCUCGGCACGACAAUCACUAAGUCUGGCGCCAGCUACGCCUACAUCCUGGAGUCGUUUGGAGGCUUCAUAGCAUUUAUACGUCUAUGGACAUCACUGCUUAUCAUCGAACCAACAAGCCAGGCUGUAAUUGCCAUAACUUUUGCCAACUACUUGGUUCAGCCGCUCUUCCCCACUUGCGAGCCACCGUAUUCUGCUUCUCGGCUCAUUGCUGCAGCUUGUAUUUGCCUGCUGACCUUUAUUAAUUCCGCUUAUGUUAAGUGGGGUACCAGGGUGCAGGAUGUCUUCACUUAUGCCAAAGUGCUGGCCCUCAUCGUCAUUAUUAUCACGGGGAUAGUGAAACUGUGCAAAGGUUUUACAAUGAACUUUGAGGAUUCAUUCAAAGGCUCAUCUCGCGACCCAGGAGAUAUCGCUUUGGCAUUAUACUCUGCUCUUUUCUCGUACUCCGGCUGGGACACGCUGAACUUUGUCACAGAAGAGAUUAAGAACCCUGAAAGGAACCUUCCUCUCUCCAUUGCAAUCUCCAUGCCGAUUGUUACGAUCAUCUACAUCCUCACAAAUGUGGCCUAUUAUGCUGUGCUGGACAUGAGUGCCAUCCUCGCCAGUGAUGCUGUCGCUGUGACGUUUGCAGACCACACUUUGGGAGUGAUGAGUUGGACCAUCCCUAUUGCGGUUGCUUUAUCCUGUUACGGAGGUCUUAACGCGUCAAUCAUUGCUGCAUCCAGGUUGUUCUUCGUGGGAGCUCGAGAAGGUCAUCUUCCAGAUGCUUUGUCUAUGAUUCACGUGGAGAGAUUCACACCAGUUCCUGCUCUGCUAUUUAAUUGUGCCAUGGCCCUGAUCUACCUUACAGUGGAGGAUGUUUUCCAGCUGAUUAACUAUUACAGCUUCAGUUACUGGUUUUUCGUUGGCCUGUCUAUUGCUGGGCAGAUCUACCUUCGCUGGAAAGAGCCAGACAGGCCCCGACCACUGAAGCACUUUUCAGCAAGAACAUCAAUAAAAAAAAUGACGUUUAACGUGUGUCUCCCUUACACAGGUGCCAUCACCCGUUUCACCCAGUUCACCUGUUUUUGUGUGCUCACCGAGUUAGAUACUGUUGAUUAGAACACCUGCACCCCUUUAACCCACAAACCCACUGGUUUGGGGAGAGGAAACCAAUGUCUGGAGCAACAGGAAAAAGAUCUUCCACACUUUUAAAGACACAGAUGCACUCUUAAUGUCACUGCGUUGAAUUCUUCUUCUUCUUUAUUAUAAAAAGGCUCUGCUAAGGCCAUAUUGUGCACUGCAGUAUUAGAAAUGCCCUUGAGAACCAUAUGGCAUGAAAAUGAAGGCCAUUUCGAAGCUCUGGUUCAUAAUAGUACCGGAUCGCUCAUGAUGCAAACACCUCUCAGAGGACAUAAACAUGACGCGGCGAUUUGUGUGCGCCAUUAUGAAGACAUGACCAAGAAUUAGAUCACGUAACAUUUCCCCCCUUUUUUUAAUCGAACAUGGUUUUAUUUUAGAAUCUAGUUUUAAAAAUGUCCAAAUUUAUUUAUCCACUUUUUGAAGUGAAAGAGAUUUUAUUUUAAUUUUCCUUAUUGUGAUUACCUUCGCAUGAAUGCAUCAGUUCUCUUACAGUAUUUGGAGAGGUCAGCUUUAGGAGGUCAGCUUUAGAGGGAAGGUGAUUGUAUGCAUUUGAACAUUGAAAUCUGCUGCUAUGCUUCUGUACAUGUAGCGAAGCAUCACAUGUUCGCUUGUGGAAGAGGUUAGGAAGGAAUAAAGAUGAAGAGUACAUCAGAUGUGCUGGAA